AUGGCAGAUGACUUACACGAUGUGGCACGCUACCUCAACGAUAUGCGCAUAUGUUUUAUAGCAUUAACAGUUAUGGGAUAUAUUAUAUUAAUAUUGUAUGGAAUUAUUUUUUGUGUUAGGAGGAAUCAAAGGCAACGUGGUACUCAUAAUGCUAAUUCGAGGACGAGGGGACGAUGGGAUUUUCAGAUAGACAAUAGAGAUCAACAACAGCACAAUCAAAAUGAUGAUUUGGUAUCUGUCAGAAGUGAUGGAUUGCAGGGUGUUACUUCAGGCUUCGGUUUAGGUCGCAGUUAUCACCGAAAUCCAGCAUCAUUCAUGCGUCAUGGAAUCGGUAUGAAUCAUACUCAACAAACUACAAGAUUAAUGGCUGAUCAAGACAGUGGUAUUGUAAAACAUCAGGUACCGCAUAUAAUAACUGAUCCGCCGAGUAAUGGAGAAAAUACCCCGCCAGCUAAAGUACCGGAAUUAUUAAAGGGAGCGAUGGAAAUGUGA